AUGAGAAAGUCAAUGCUCUUCCUUGGCUUUCUUGUUGCUUUCCUUGGCCUGGCUCUGCCAGGCAUCCAGGGAAGAAUAAUUCCCAGAUGUGAGAUGGUGAGGAUCCUACGGCAGAAUGGCUUUGAGGGCUUCGAGGGCAGAACUGUUGCUGACUGGAUGUGCCUGGUGAAAUAUGAGAGCAGUUAUAACACGAAAGCGUACAAUAACAAUGGUCCAAGCAGGGACUACGGCAUCUUUCAGAUCAACAGCAAAUACUGGUGCAAUGAUGGCAAGACCGCUGGAGCCAAGAAUGCCUGCCGCAUCAGUUGCUCAAAAUUGCAAGAUGAUAAUAUUCAGGAUGAUAUUCAGUGUGCCAAGAAGAUUGCUCGGGAGGCUCGUGGCCUCACUCCCUGGUACGGCUGGAAAAACCAUUGCCGGGGCAAAGACCUGAGUUCCUUUGUCAAGGGUUGCUAA